ACGGCUGCGGAAGCAUCUCGUUGCUGAAUGAAUCGCCGAAGAACGAAUUUUCGGUCACAUGCCGUCUACUCUUCUGCAACUGUGCUGUUCUGCUAUGGAAACCCUUGCUCCUAAGCUUCCAUCUUUGAAGGUCCUAAACCCUAGUUCAUCCUCUUCCUCCCCCUCCUGCUCUACAGCUCGGAGCUCCUCAUCUCUGCGGGCCGGGUUACGCAGGCCUUUUUCUCUUUCCAUAUCGGCUUCAGCAGUCCGAGAAGGCGACCCGGCUGUCGGAUCCGUUUCGCUUGGUCACGUCACUCGAACAGAUUUCCCCAUUCUCCACCAGGAAGUCAAUGGCUCAAGACUUGUCUACUUGGACAAUGCUGCUACUUCUCAGAAGCCGACUGCUGUUUUGAAGGCUUUACAGAAUUAUUAUGAAGCUUACAAUUCAAAUGUGCACCGUGGGAUUCAUUUUUUGAGUUCGAAGGCAACAGAUGCGUAUGAGUUAGCUAGAAAGAAGGUGGCAGCUUUUAUCAAUGCAUCGGAAUCUACAGAGAUUGUUUUCACGAGGAAUGCUACUGAAGCCAUCAAUCUGGUAGCUUACUCUUGGGGCCUGUCAACUUUAAAACCAGAAGAUGAGGUAGUCCUCACAAUUGCUGAACAUCACAGUGCCAUUGUUCCUUGGCAACUUGUAGCUCAAAAGACUGGUGCUGUUUUAAAAUUUGUGAAUUUAGAUGAAACUGAAUCUCCCGAUAUAGAAAAGCUAAGACAAAUGCUUUCGAGGAAGACAAAAAUUGUUGUUGUUCAUCAUGUCUCAAACGUGCUUGCUUCUGUUCUUCCAAUUGAAGAGAUUGUGGGUUGGGCACAUGAUGUUGGGGCAAAAGUUCUUGUGGAUGCUUGUCAGAGUGUUCCACAUAUGGCCGUCAAUGUCCAGGAUCUUGAUGCGGACUUUCUUGUUGCUUCUUCUCACAAGAUGUGUGGGCCUACAGGCAUGGGAUUCUUAUAUGGUAAGAGAGAGCUCCUGUCGGCCAUGCCUCCAUUCCUAGGUGGUGGAGAAAUGAUAUCUGAUGUAUUUCUUGAUCAUUCCACUUAUGCAGAACCUCCGUCCAGAUUUGAGGCUGGUACACCUGCAAUUGGGGAAGCAAUUGGAUUAGGAGCAGCAAUUGAUUAUUUAUCAGGAAUUGGCAUGCAAAAGAUACAUGAAUAUGAGUUGGAACUGGCUAAAUAUCUGUAUGAGAACCUUCUUUCAGUCCCCAAUAUUCGCAUCUAUGGCCCAGUACCGUCGGGAAAUACAAACCGUGCUGCUCUCUGCUCUUUCAAUGUUGAGAACAUUCACCCUACAGAUAUUGCAACUUUUCUUGACCAACAGCAUGGAGUGGCUAUCAGAUCAGGUCACCAUUGUGCCCAACCCCUUCAUCGUUAUUUAGGAGUCAAUGCAAGCGCACGCGCUAGCCUCCACUUCUAUAACACUAAAGAGGACGUUGACGAUUUUGUCCGGGCGCUCAACGACACAGUCAGCUUCUUCAAUUCUUUCAAGUAGAGUUGAUUGUUCUGCUCCCUGACCGGGUUUAGAUUUUUAUCUCAACUAUCCUGCUAAUACAACUAAGUUUUAUAGGUGGGUCUUUUUAGUUCUGUUUCACCCUCAUUUAGUAUUGUAUCUGCAUCCCUCACCCAUGAUGUAAUCUAUUUUAUAAAGUGGGACCAAGGCAUAAGAUAUUUGAUAUCCCAAUAUAAUACAUGAUUUAUCUUUA